GUAAAAAGUGAAAAUGAAAGUGAGUCAAGAAAAAUAAUUCCUUCAAUAAAAGAAGAUUAAACAUAACAAAGUAUAGGUAUGUUGAGCACGCACGGUACAACUCAAACUUGAAAUGGUUUACUGUUUUCUCAAAAGGAACAUAUUGACCUCGAUUUUGUAUACAAACUGUGUAAACAACGAAAGGUUCAAAAUCCAGAUUUAUCAUCACUUUUCUACAAUGGCAGCUGUACUGAAGCAUUGGCGAGAAGCAGCAACGUUGCUUGUAGUAGCAAAGACUUCUAAACUUAUACCGAAUGGUGUAAACGGCGGAGGCUUGCAGCUGGCAGGUACAGGCUCAGAGCAAUCGCAAUACAACUACAAGAUGCUGAUGCUGAAAAGGUCAACCAAAAGCAAGUUCAUGCCCAAUGUGUAUGUUUUUCCUGGGGGUAUAGCGGAAGACGCUGACUUUUCGGCAGAAUGGCUAGACCUCUACAAGAAAUUUGGCGAAUCAGAGAGCAAAGAGCUGCUUAAAUAUCUGACUUCGGCUGGAGCUGGCCCCCCAAUGUUCAGCAGAACACGAGACCAAGAGUUCCAGCACAUUCCCAGUGAGCUAGCUUUCAGGAUCUGUGCUAUACGUGAAACGUUUGAAGAAUCUGGUGUUCUUAUUGCUAGAAGUAUUGAGGACAAGUCACACUUAAACUCAGAUUAUCCCAGGAAGCCAGUUUGGGGUACAAGUGUUCCCAUGGAAACUCAGGUAUCAGAUGAGUGGAGGAAACGUGUGGAUAAAAACCCAUUAGAGUUCAUAAAAAUGUGCCGUACUCUCAAUGUGAUUCCAGACGUAUGGUCUUUGUCCGAGUGGACGAACUGGUUGACCCCAGUGACUCUAUCAAGUACUGGGAAGGGAGCGAGGCGACGAUAUGACACAGCCUUUUUCAUGUGUGUAGUGGACCACCUUCCAGAGGCUAUGCACGACAACAAUGAGACUGUGCAUUUAAAGUGGAUAGCCCCGGACACUCUGCUGAGCGAAUACUCCCAUUCUAAGGGCCUUCUUGCCCCUCCCCAGGUGUACGAGGUUCACAGGCUCCUCCACUUUCAGCUGGUUGAAGACCUCCAUCGUUUUAACUGGGAUAGGGCCCUCAACCAUCGUGUCAGACAGUACUUUCCUGUCGUUGUUGGCUGUGAGGAUGGUAUCGUUGUUGUGUAUCCAGGUGAUGAAUUAUACCCCGAGGAACCGGACAGAAUUGGUGAGAGUCCAAUCUUAACCGUGAAAUGUUCCCUGGAAGACCUUCCCAAAAGAUAUCCAUCAAUGAACAGGAUGGUUGUGGCUGGGCACCACUGGGUCAACACGUCUGCUGGGGAUGGUCAAGUCAUCCCCGACUUUGAGUGGACGUUUCCUGAAUCUCUCCAACCCAAACUGUGAUACCAAUUAUAUGUACUUUUAUUAAUAUAAUAAAUUUGUAUUAAACACAUUA